AUGACUGUCGAAGAUUCUAUCGGUAGCCUCCUUGCUACCUUAGGCUCAGCUCUGGAAUCGGCUACCACCGCGUUCCCUGAUGGCGAAGAACAAUUCCUGCCACCGGCAGAGGGAGUUUCCUUGCUCGACAUUAAAAACGACUUACUUCUGUCCUAUCUUCAAAACCUCGUGUUCCUUGUGAUAAUCAAGCUUCGGAAUGCAGACAGCCGUGCCGAGACUUCUUGCGACAUCAAAGCGGAUGUGGUCAAAAAACUAGUCGAGUUGCGCGUCUAUUUGGAAAGAGGGGUACGGCCGCUAGAAAGCAAAUUGAAAUACCAGAUUGACAAAGUCGUGAGGGCUGCUGAGGAGGAUGAUCGGCGCAAUACCCAGAAAUCGCGGGGAGACAAGGACUCAAAAAAGAAGGCUGCAACGAAAACGCUAAAUCAAGAUGGGGAUGUUUGGGGCGAGUCCGAUUCUGAUCCCCGGGGGGCUGGGGAGGAAUACUUGAACGGGCCUGUCGAAGGAGAUAUGUCCGUUGGGCCAAGACCGGCUGCCCUUCUGCGCAAUACAGAUACAACAACAUUAAAGAAAGAUUCUUCAACAAAAUCCCGGUCCACCGCAACGACCAGUGGCGCAUACAAGCCUCCGCGAAUAACGCCGACGGCAAUGCCCGAACCUCCUUCCACCAAAGACCGCGAGGUCCCAGCACGAAAACGCCGAUCCCAGCUUCUCGACGAAUAUGUCGACGAAGAACUCUCCACGGCGCCCCGGGCCCAGCCAUCAAUCGGUUCAAAUAGCACCAUCAUCAAACAUGGCCGAGGCGCAAUGUCCUCACGCGAUCGUGAAAAGGAGCGUGAGCGCAUCGAAUACGAAGAACGAAACUUCACGCGCCUUCCAGCCGAGAGCAAAGCGGAGAGAAGAAAGGCGCGAUUACGUGGAGAGCGUGAGCGGAGAGAUAUGUUCGGCGGAGAAGAUUGGACUGGGCUCGGUGGACUUGGCGAUCGGAUUAAUCGCAGUGUCACGGGCAAGUCGAGAGGAGAGAAAGCAAAUGUGCUAGAGAGGCGGGAGAAGAGACGGAGAGAAACGCAGGAUGGACCGAGAGAUGAUGGAUCUGGUGGGAUCAAUAUUAGGAUCGGUGAGAGCUUUGAGAAGAGGAGAAGGAUUAUGCAGCAGAAGGCAGAGAAAAAGGCGAGGAGGAAAGGGUGA